AACCACUUUUGACGUCAACACGUGCGCAGACUUGCCCCGAGAGUUCACUUCGGUACGUGAGGCUUUGCGUGCACACUUCUGAAAUCACAACGACGCCGAGGGGGUAGGUCCGGCGUUGUUCUUUCUCUCUGCGUUUUCAACUGGACUCUACUUGAUCGAUGAAGACUCUAUUGCACAUCCUCGAUGGAGCACGGCUCACUUUUUAAUCAUCGGAGCCCUCAACGACUGUGCUAAAGGAUGCAAAGGCGACUGCGGGCUUGAUUUGGAAGAAACAUGAUUUCCAGCAAAAUCCAAGCGGGGGCGUGCAGACUAUGGUUCACGCGUGUGACAUCCAGGCAGGAGCUGGGCAUGUCCACCUUCGUGCCCCCGCAGCCGGUGCCCCCCCUGAAUCAGACCCUGCAGGCCUACAUGAGAGCCCUGGAGCCCCUCAUACCCCCCGAGGAGCUCGCCCACACCCGCCGAGUGAUGCGCGAGUUUGCCAAGCGUGGUGGUCUGGGUGCGGAGCUUCAAAGGGGCUUGGAAAAGAGGGCCAGAAACACAGAGAACUGGAUCACAGACUGGUGGGUGCAGUGGGCCUACUUGGAAAGUCGACUGCCGCUGCCCGUGCACUCCAACCCGGCCAUAUCUCUCCCCAGACGAGAUUACAAUGGCUGGAGGAGUCAACUCGUGUUUGCUUCCAAGCUGAUUGUAGCGGUACUUGAAUUCAAGGCCAAACUUGACGCUGGCCGGCUGCCCUUGGAGUACAUGCGAGGCAGGCCUCUGUGCAUGGAGCUCUAUCCGCUGCUCUUCUCUUCCUGUCGCAUCCCGGGGCCCAAACACGAUUACGUCGCUCACUACGGCACCUCCCGACGAUCGCCAACGCACAUCACUGUGGUCAGGAACUACCAGUUUUUCCAGCUGGAGUUGUACAACAGCGACGGGUCCCGUCUGACCGAGAGCCAGAUUCACGGGCAGCUGCUGAGGAUCAGGUCUCAGUCCUGGAAGACGGACAAGGAGCCGAUGGGCAUCCUGACCAGCGAGCAUCGCCAUACAUGGGGCCAGGCGUACAACCGCCUGCAGAGAGAUAAACUGAACCGGGAAUCAGUGCAGGCCAUCGAGAGAGGACUUUUCUCGCUAUGUCUGGAUUCUCCGGUUAUGAGGAUAUCGGAUGAAAAAUACGCUAGCCGCAAAGCGGCCCAGGUCCUGCACGGAGGCGGGACCUUCUCCAACAGUGGCAACCGUUGGUUUGACAAAACUCUACAGUUUGUAAUCGGCGAGGAUGGCUCCUGGGGUCUCCUGUAUGAACAAGCCACAGCUGAAGGUCCGCCAAUUGCGACCUUGCUGGAUUAUAUUCUUCACAACUGUGAGAAUCCGGAUCCAACGAGAGCACCACUGGUCCCUCUUCCAAUGCCGAAGAAGCUUUACUUCCAUAUAGACAGAGAAAUCAAGCGAGACAUCGAGAACGCUAAGCAGAACCUUGAUAUACUGAUCAACGACCUGGAUGUGAACGUUUUCAACUUCACGAAGUUUGGCAAAGACCUUCCCAAGCAGCACAAACUGAGUCCCAACUCCUUCAUCCAGGUGGCGCUGCAGCUGGCGUACUACAGAGUUCAUGGCGACGUGUGCGCCACCUGCGACAUCGCCUCUCAGAGGAUGUUUCGGAAAGGAAGGACCGAUUACAUCCGUUCACCUUCGAGCCAGAUGCUGAAAUUCAUCCUCGCCUUCGUCGAUCCGUCCGUGUCGCGUGAAGCCAAGCUCCAGCUGUUGACAGAAGCUAUUGACGCCUACUCUGCUCUGACGAACCAGGUACUUAAAGGACACGGCAUUGACCGCCACCUGCUGGGGCUCAAGUUACAGGCCAUCGAAGAAGGACUGAGCGUGCCCAAAAUCUUCAUGGAUACUGCCUAUGGUCUGGCUACUCAUUGGAAACUCCGAACGGGGCAGGUGCCCGCAAACACAGACAGCGUGAUGUGUUUCGGUCCCCUGGUCCCUGAUGGUUACGCCAUAUGUUACAACCCACAGUCUGACCACGUCCACUUUUCGAUAACUGCCUUCAACUGCUGCGAGGAGACAAAUGCAGAAACGCUGGGCGUCGCCGUGAGGGAGACGCUAUGCCAACUGCACGAGCUACUGGAGCCUACUGUGUAGAGCUGCGGCAGACUAAGAGCAUUCCAGUUUUCACUCCUCUUCAUUCAUACAGCAAACUUACAAAAGUGUUUAUGAAGGGCUAUUGUAGAUUUUUUAUUUGUGUAUUUUUCACCUUCACAGGUGGACACAUUUCACUUUACGCGAAAAGAAAUCAUGUCGACACUUCAGCAUUAAUUACCGCUAUAGCGUUUGUAUAUACAGGAAGAUUCGCUGUAACCACCGUCAAUACAGAUUUUGUAGGUCAUUUGGUGUGGUUGUGAAGGACCAAAAUUUGGAAAAGACAUGUUGAUGGUAACAAAUGGUGCUGUUCCUUGAAUUAUACUAGUGUGGCCCACUGUGUUGGGCAUGUUUGUGCACACCUUGCUUAUUUGGUUAAUAAAGCUCAAGUUAUUGCUCAUUA